AUGGAGGCCGAUAACGACAACGAUAUGGACACUGGAUUUAGGACUCCUAGGAACAGGCGCACCAUUGCCAACGAGGGUAACAACAGGGCUCGAUCGACACUGUUCAUCAAAGUGCUCUCUCUGGCAUUCUUCGCCAAGUUGGCGCUUGAGGUUUUUCUUUGCAGGAAUACGGUCGGUGACCUCCAUUCCAUCGUCAACUUCAACGCUUCGAACCCGCUUCAGCCCAUUCCAAUUGUUCAGCUGGAUCCUGUUCCAGUUGCUGAGGAGCUUUGGAAAGAGUACAUCAGAGAGAAUGAUGAUGGGUUGAUCCUUGAGCCCUUCAACUGGACCCGCAUCAGCAAGACUAUCUGUCAGACCAUGUCAAGCUUCAAGAAUCUGCGUGAGGAUAUCAGCUCGUACAGGCCGAAAGAUAACAUGUCACUUUUUCUGUAUGAACGUUUACAGGACCGACUUGCCGAAGAACACCCUAAAUUCUUACAGCUCGAAGAGGCUCUACGCAACCGUCUUGAACAAGUCGAAAACCUGGAUAAACUGGCCUUUAGAGACUCAAAAUAUAUUUCUGGAUUGAAAUCCUCGGACCUGACCACCUUGAACCAAGGUAGUUCCUCCAUUGAGCUAAUCAUGAAGGCCAUCAUCUCUUAUUUCGACCUUGAAGACGUCUCGUCUAUCUGCUCUAACGAGACCUUACAAACGUUGGUUCUGCGAGGAGAUACAUGCUUUCUCGGUCCCAAUCUAAAACCUUCCGCCGCAACUAUGAUCGCAGAAGUUACCGAACCUGGGAGUACGUUGAACUCAAUCGUCGAAUAUCUACAGUUCAACAAGAAAAUGGUCGAUAUUCUACUUGCCAUGAAGCGAACGCAAAUCUACAAGGACAUUCACUGCUUGGAACCUUGGCGUAUGGAAGAGAUACAUGAGUGGUAUAAGUUGUUUUGCAACAAGGUCAACAGUGUCACAGCAAUCGGGGCUUGGCUUUUGCCGCGUCUUUUACCGAACUCGCUCUUGGAAUAUCAGCUGCGGAAAGAGAGGAUUGCCGAAGCAUACAACCACGUCGUCAGGAUCGAAACUAGGCGUCACAUUAUCAACGUCGUUCUCAAGCUUGCUGUCAAAGAGCUGCAGGAAGACCUCUUAUCAGUUCGGGAGACCUUCCUUCAGUGCCAGCACCAUUGA